UUGAAUACUGUUGUGAUUUUUUCUUCUUCAUUUUCAGACCUUGAUGUACCAGUUGAUUUCGCAGUUCAUCGCAUAUGUAAUUGUUCGCAACCACACUGUGAUAGCGAAUUUAAAAAAUUCCUCGGAAUCAGUGGAUUAUGUCGAUCAAAAAGUGGUACUUGCUUCAAACGUCUUUUAAGCGAUAAUACGGUUGUUUUUGCAUGUCUUGAAGAUGAUUCUCUUCCUGAACUCUUUUGCGCUACAAGACAACCAGCAUACGAUGGUAGUGUUAUGGCUUGUUGUCAGAAUGUUUCAUUUUGCAAUGGUAAUCUGCACUUGGAAUUACCUCUUCAAGUUCAUAAACCAGUCUUUACUAAAUUAUUUAUCGCAUUAUGUGUUACUGUUGUUGUACUUUUUUUCGUCAUCGGAGUUAUAUCGUCUUUAUUCUUAAUUAAAGGUCCACUGAAAAAUUACAUGAAUCGAUGGAGGUCCCGAAAUCAUGACCUUGAAGUCGCCACACAAGGGACCAGCACGGAAGAAUUACUUUUGAGUCCUACUUCAGUAAAUCUCGGUCAUUUAGGCAAUUUGUUAUGCAAUUUGGAUGAUAGUUUCACUACCGGAUCGGGCUCAGGUUUGCCAUUGCUUGUACAGCGAACGAUCGCUCGACAGAUCGAACUUCAAAAUGAAAUCGGAAGAGGGCGGUUUGGCGAAGUGUGGCUUGGGUCUUGGAAAGGUGAUCCAGUAGCAGUGAAAAUUUUCAGUUCGCGUGAUGAAAGGUCGUGGAACCGUGAGGUGGAAAUUUUUCAAACUAAUCUUCUUCGUCAUCCCAAUAUUCUUCGCUUCAUCGCAUCGGAUAACAAAGGCAUCGCAUUAGGAAAAAUUUUAAAUACUGGAACGAGUACGCAACUGUGGUUGAUUACCGAGUAUCACGAAUUUGGAUCUCUUUAUGAUUACCUAACAGAAAAUACUAUUUCUGUGGUUGUAAUGCUGCAAAUGAUUCGGAGUAUCGCAAAUGGUCUCUCAUUUUUGCACACAGAAAUCCCUGGGAUGCACAGUAAUCGUAAGCCUGCCAUUGCCCAUCGUGAUCUCAAGACGAAAAAUGUGCUCGUUAAGAACGAUUUUACCUGUGUUAUUGCUGACUUAGGUCUUUCUGUCCGUUAUAUCAAUGGUGAAAUCAAUUUGCCUGACAAUAAUAAAUGUGGCACAAUCCGGUAUCUUUCACCUGAAAUAUUGGAAGAUUCAUACCGAAUAACUCAUUUUGAUUCAUACAAAAUGUCAGAUGUUUAUUCUUUUGGAUUGAUUAUAUGGGAAAUUGUUAUGCGUUGCGCACUUCACCCCCAGCAUUUUCAAUUACCAUAUUGGGAUUGCGUUGGACGCGAUCCAUCCAUCGAAGAAAUGCGAUAUUGGGUUUGUGAAAAGAAGCAUCGACCAAAAAUACUUGAUUUUUGGCGAGUUGAUAAAAUGCUGAAUGAUAUAAGUCGGAUGAUGCAAGAAUGUUGGGCACAUGUUCCAUCAAGUCGACUUACAGCAAUGAAUGUUCGAAAUACUAUCGAUAAGAUUGCAUCGACGUUAGGCUACAAAAUUCGUGUAUAA